CCGCCUUCAUUUCUGACUCUCCGUAACUGUCAACGUGUGUAGUAGCGAACGGAAAUUGGCCGGAACACGAAGCGCCGGGAACCUGCGGUGGCCACAGGAAUUGUCGCGCCCAACACGGGACCGGCUGCGGCUGCAGUGGCAGUGAUGGUCAGCAAAAGAAGGUGCACAGCGUCAUAAACCCAGUGUCCUCCUCUCGUGCACCGGAUCGGAUCGCCCCACGGCGACGAGGUGAUAACACACCACCAACGAUCUCGCGCCAAGCCGGUUUAGCGAAAAGUGGGCAGGAAGGGGGAUAGCGGGGCAGGCGGGGUUCUUCGGGCGCAACCACACGUGCAGCAGCAGAGUGGAUCAGCAAUCGCGCGGUGACAUUAUGCAACGCACGUACAGACGAGCAGUGGCGGUCGAUACAUAAUAACGUGUGCUAGAAUUGCGACUGUGUGUGGCGAGUUAAACGAGCCAGUUUCUGUGUUGCAGUGAGAGGUGACCGACCGACCGAGCGAGCUGCAAUCGAAGCGUCAGUACGGUAGAGAGAGGCAGAAGAGGCGGCGGCUGCACAUUCGGCAUGGCUUCCGUGGAGCGCAGCAAAUUGAUUGGCGUGAUCGAUGCAGGCACGAACAGUGCGCGGUUUGUGAUCUUCAAACUGCCGGAAUUCGAGGAGAUUGCAGCGCACCAGAUACGCAUCACGCAGAUCGUCCCGCGCGACGGCUGGACCGAGCACAAUCCCGUGGAAGUGUUGGAAGCGGUACGGCUGUGCGCGGUCGAAGCGUGCCACCAGGUGGAGAAGCUUGGCUAUGUCGUUAAGGAUAUCGCCGCCAUCGGUAUUACGAACCAGCGCGAAACGACUGUCGUGUGGGACAAAAACACCGGCGAGCCUUUGUACAAUGCCAUCGUGUGGAACGAUAUACGGACGGAUAAAACGGUCGAUCGAGUAUUGGCCCGCCUGCCGGAGCAGAACCACAAUCACUUCCGGGCACUAUCCGGCCUACCGAUUUCACCCUACUUUUCCGCCCUCAAGCUAAACUGGCUCAAGGACAAUGUGGUGGCAGUGCGGAAGGCGUGCCGGGAGAAGCGUUGCUACGCCGGUACGAUCGAUACGUGGUUGGUGUGGAACUUGACCGGUGGCCCGCAAGGUGGUGCAUUCGUGACGGACGUUACCAACGCUUCCCGGACGCUGCUAAUGAACAUCGAAACGCUGCACUGGGAUCCGCUGCUGACGAAAACGUUCUCCGUGCAUCCGGACAUGUUGCCGGAGAUUCGCAGCUCGUCCGAGAUCUACGGAAAGGUGAAGGAUAGCAGUGUGCUCGAUGGUAUUCCGAUCAGUGCGAUACUCGGCAACCAGCAGGCGAGUCUUAUCGGGCAGCGCUGCUUGAAGGAAGGUCAGGCAAAGAACACUUAUCGGAAGGGAUGCUUUCUGCUGUACAAUACGGGCACGAGGUACGUCCAAUCGACACACGGCCUGGUGACGACGGUAGCGUACCAGCUGGGACGGAAUGCGCCGCCGGUGUACGCGCUGGAAGGGUCGGUAGCGGUAGCCGGCGUGGCCAUGAACUGGUUGCAAGACAACCUGAAAAUAAUCAAGGACAUCAAGGAGUCCGAACAGAUCGCUGGCAGCGUGUCAUCGACGGGCGAUGUUUACUUUGUACCUGCAUUCACCGGACUGUACGCUCCCUACUGGCGAAAGGAUGCGCGAGGCAUAUUUUGUGGUUUGACCAGUUUCACUACCAAGCACCACUUCGUGCGGGCCGCCUUGGAGGCGGUCUGCUUCCAAACGCGGGACAUUCUCGAGGCGAUGAAGAAAGACUGCGGCAUCAACCUCAACAAGCUGCACGCGGACGGUAGUAUGGCGAGCAACAGUCUCCUGAUGCAGCUGCAGGCAGAUUUGGGCGGCAUUCCUGUGUUGAGAACGGAGGUGCACGAACCGGCCGCACUCGGGACCGCGAUGGCCGCUGCACAGGCGAACGGGGUAGACUUGUACAAGCUGGAAGCGGAAAUCCGCGGUUACACAGGUGUUCAAUCACACCACGAAACAUUCCUCCCGACGACGACCGAAGAGGAACGGAAUGCGCGGUACACCAAGUGGAAAAUGGCGGUCCAGCGGAGCUUGGGCUGGGCUGUAUCGAAGAAGAGUGAAGCAAUGACGGACGAACGUUACAGCUUGCUAGCCUCGAUUCCCGCGGGACUGUUCCUUGCCACAACUUUCCUAAUGUUGGUCCACUCGCAACGGCGGUGAGUGUGAGCUGCAUCGGACGACAAAGAUACGACCACCGGUAUAUCGUCUACAACUAGUCUGCUAAAUUGUUAACAGUGCGUAGCUUUGGAACACACAUUCGCUGACAAAAAAGACAAAGCACAAAGCGUGUGCGCACGGUGCUACCCCUAGUACACACUAAGAGCAACAAUCAACGAUCCCAUUUGGAAUGUUGGCUUAGUAUCGUACGAAAAGCUCAGGUUUUACAUCCUUUGUUCGAUACUCUUUUACCUCUUACCGGUACGUGUGCUUGUUUUUGUACCGCGAAAUUCCGGUAACAAAAUGUAUAGCUAGGCGAGGGAAGGGAGAAGAAGAGGAAGCGCUCAAACCAAUUUUACCAUAUAUAUUCCAACGGCAACACUGUGCUUAAAAUGCGGAAGUGCGGAAAACAACGCGAUCCAUCGAUAUUACCUGGUGAUACAGAUGUGUACUACACGGAGGACGACGAGGACGUCUAGCAGUAGUCUAGGUUAGUUCCAAUUCCAAUUUGCCUCCCAAGAUAGAUGGAAAGAUUUGCUUGUUACGGGAGCUUGUGUUUUUUCAUUAAAGGGAGGGUUGUGUUUGUGACCGGGGGGGGGGGGGGGGGGGGGAAGGGCCUAAUGUAGUUAAAAAUUGUAAUACCGUUUUUUUCGCGAAAAGGUAACGAAUAAAAGUUAGCUUAAAUUGAAAGAGAAACAGUGACGAAGAAGUUGCGCUAUUGUUGUUCUUUACAAUCUAUUUUGUAAUAAAGAUUCGCUAGUUGCCAAAUA